AUGGCAACGGCUGCGUCGGUGGUCGCUAUCACGUCCACGGGCAUCUCCGUCGUGCACAACCCAUCCGGCCUCCCGCCUGACACCGAGUACGUCGCUAGGACAUCUGGUUACAUUCAACUGUUGUUAAUCCUUGAGAAGCAUUCUGUUCGUCCAUGGACUUCAAGGUCAUCCACAGAAAACAUGGACAUACCGCCAGCCGCCCGAUAACCAGGACAAGCCCCUUCCCCCCUGGAAGAAACGGCUACGGUGGCCUCGGCAGGAAGCACAAUCGACGGCUCAUCAAUCUGGCGCUGGAAAAGCUGCUGAUGUGUUUUGGCCGCGCGACCUCUUACCUCGACAAUGCCCAAAUGCUCGCAUUCUCACCUUCGGCUACGAUUCGAAGGUGACCAAAGGAUAUACUCCUGUGGACAAAGGGAGCAUAUUUUCUCACGUCGAGGAUUUGCUCUACUCUCUAGACCGAGUUCGCGUGCCCGGACGAAGACUCGUCUUCGUUGCUCAUUCAUUGGGAGGAAUAAUUGUUAAAGAGGUACUUUUCCUCCCCCCAUGUCCACGUUAGGCUACCUUGAAGGCUAGGUCUUAAGAGAUCACUAAAUCGAGUGCGCUGAAAAGGUUCUGCGCCGAUCUGAGCUUUCUGAAGAGGAUGGACUCCGAGAUAUACUGGCCUGCACUGCAGCUGUUAUAUUUCUCGGUACGCCACAUCGAGGGUCUCCGGGGCUGGCAUCUACUGCUGACACUGUACGGAGGGUUGCACAGGCAAUCCUUCGAGUUGAUGCCAAUGCAGCAGUUUUACGAUCAUUAGGUGUCGACAGCCCGGAGCUAGAGAUUUGUCACCAGUCUUUUAUGGCCCAAUGGAGAAAGCGCGGGAUCAAGGUGAAGACUUUCCAAGAGGCUGAAGCCAUGCAUGGUCUCAACUUCGGUCUAAUGAAUGACAAGGUAAGCUCUUAUCUUGGAGUUUAUUGCGACAGACCUUCUGAUUUUUCGGCUAAGAUCGUUCCUGAUUCUUCAUCUUCAUUGGGUAACCCACUCGAACAUGCUGAGUCGAUACAAGCAAACCAUAUGGGAAUGACCAAGUUUCGUGGCUAUGAUGACCCUGGUUAUCAGAAGGUAGGGUCAGAACUUUCACGGCUGGUAUCCUCGAAUUCAGGUUCGUACUGCUAUCCUCGUGUGCGUGGUACACAAUACUGAUAUUUGCCUAGACGAUAAGACAGGUGCCUAGUAAACUAAACUACCCCAGCUAAUGUAUUGUACUAAUUCAUCCAAGCAUGCAUUAAUGUGUUGUUUUUCGCCGACCGUAACAGCCGAGAGAACGCGAUAAAGCCUCCUAUGGAAAACACUGGCUCUUGGCUCCAAAAUGUAGGUUCGUAUGUAGACUGGAUACACCGCAGUAACAUUGACGAAACGGGCGGUCUCCUAUGGCUUAAAGGCAAGCCUGGUUCAGGGAAAUCAACCCUGAUGAAAGAAGCAUCCCGCCGAGCCAAGGAGGUAUGCGUCCCGCCCCCUCUUAUCGCCGCUUUUUACUUCAACGCUCGUGGGAGCCCUCUUGAGCGAUCACCGAUGGGUCUAUUUCGUUCCUUGAUUCUUCAAUUGUUCAUGCAAAACGACAAUUUCCAAGAACAUGUGGUCACUUACUACCGCAACGCUACCAAUCGAGGCAGCAGAGAAUGGAACCCAAAGGUUACCGACUUGCAAGACCUUCUUGCAGCCGGUAUACAAGAGCAGCAGAAGCAGCAACGCAUUAUGAUCUUCGUCGACGCGCUGGAUGAAUGUGAUGAGGAAAGCAUCCGCUCUAUAACGCGUUAUUUCAGGACCCUUGCUGACAGCGUUUACGCUGUUGGCAAAAGCCUUGAUAUCCUUUUAUCGAGCCGUCACUAUCCAACAAUUACUAUUGCACGUUGUCCAGAAAUAUUUGUCGAAAGGGGAAAUUCAGGUGAUAUUGCCCGUUACCUCGACAAGAAUCUGAGCUAUGGGAUAGUAAGGCAAGAGCAUAUGCUUGAACGGCUGCGCUCUUCGCUGCUUCAGAGAUCGUCUGGUAUCUUCCUGUGGAUUGUUUUGGUUGUCAGGAUAGUUCUUAAAGAUUUGGACGAUGGAAAAACCGCCGAAGAGAUCGAAGAAACGCUGGCAUCCGUCCCUGAUGACCUCGUGGAGCUUUUCAGGAACCUCCUUGGGACACUUACGCAAAAAGAGCGGGGAGAAUCUCUCAUGCUUGUGCAAUGGGUGUUACUGUCUCCAAGGGCUCUUCACCCUGUCGAUAUCAGGACUAUAAAGCUUUUAGGGGUUGAAACUGUGCAAUCACUUCCUGACGCAAUGGAAAAAUUCCAAAGGCCGGAAAACGUCGCAAGGGCUUGGAAUGCUGACUUGGACAGGGUAGAGCGAAACGUGAGGACUUUAUCUAGAGGACUUAUGGAGAUAUCAGGAUCAAAGGUCCAGUUCAUACACGAGUCUGUGCGCCAGUUCUUCUUCCAGGACGGUCCAGCAGUAUUUGAGCUGCCUUUCAUGGUUCCUCUGGGUCACUGCAUGAUCAUCAGGGCCUGUCUCCAUGGGUUAUGUCUGUUUGAGCAGCUGUAUUCGAGAGAAUCUUCUGAAGUUCGGACAUUUCAAUGGAUUGUCGCAUACGCCGAGUACUUUAUUCUGCACCAUGCCAUUGAGGCGCGACACGACGUUGAGCUCCCGAACAAAUUACCUCAUAUUCUUCGAAGUCUUGUUAGAGUACUUAAAUCAAAAGCUCAGUUGCAAGACCCGACGUUACUCAGCAAUACUGGCGCAAUGAUCCUCUUGAAUGAGUGGAAAAAGACUCUUUCUCUGCCAUAG